AUGGGCAAACCAAAUUCAACUCCAGCUAAGACUCAGAAAUCAAUAUCGAGUUUCUUUACUCCGAAAUCUAGUCAAAAACCUCAGGAUUCAAGCUCGCCACCUGCUACUAAAGCCCCAGGAAAUGUGUAUGACGCUGAUAGCAACGAGAGAACCGAUGAAGCAGCCAAAGCCACCGGAAACCGUUUAAAGAGAGUUCUAGAAGAAGACGAAACUGGUGGAAAUACUAGAGCAAAGGAAAGACCAUCCAAACGAGCAAAAAGUGUUGAAGUUGAGGAGGGAGAUGCCGAAAGUUGUGCUCUGCCAGCCGCCGAUUCUCGAAAGACAUCCUCUAGCUUAACACGAGGCAAGUCAAAGCCAUCACUGCGAACCAAUAAAUACAUGUUCUCAGGGUCAAGUCAAGGAGCUACAGAACCUUCAAUCGAGGAGGAACCUGAAGACGAAUUAGAGAAAGCGCGGAAAGUCGAGUUGCACAAGAAGUUUGUCAAGAAAUUGGGACAUCCAGAUAGUCUCAGACGCAUUAUACAUGAAGAUGAUACAGCUUUAGAAGUGGGAGACGAAGAAGGGGAAGAUGAAGAGGAAGCGUCUGCGCCUGUGAAAACCAAGAAGAAGGGUGCAAAGACGGGUAAAUUGACACCCAUGGAGUUACAAGUUAUCGACAUUAAGCGCAAACAUAUGGAUACGCUGUUGAUUGUGGAAGUUGGCUACAAAUUUAAGUUCUUCGGCGAAGAUGCAAGAACAGCAGCAAAAGUGCUCAGUAUUGUGUGCAUACCGGGCAAAUUCCGAUUUGAUGAACAUCCUUCGGAAUCGCAUCUUAACUACUUUGCAUCUGCAAGCAUUCCAGUUCAUCGACUCCCGGUUCACGCAAAGAGGCUCGUCGCUGCUGGUCACAAAAUUGGUAUUGUUCGACAAACGGAGACAGCUGCAUUGAAGAAGGCUGGGGAUAAUCGGAAUGCUCCUUUCGUCAGGAAGCUCACGAAUGUUUACACUAAAGGCACAUACAUUGAUGAUAUUGAUGGAUUAGACUCGACUGAUGCACCGUCUGGUGGUGCUACCGCAACAGGUUACCUUCUCUGCAUAACGGAGACGAAAGCUAAAGGUUGGGGAACAGACGAAAAGGUCGAAGUUGGUGUAUUGGCUGUUCAACCUGCCACUGGAGAUGUCAUAUAUGAUAACUUUGAGGAUGGUUUCAUGCGGGGCGAAAUUGAGACACGAUUAUUACAUAUCGCCCCUUGCGAAUUGCUCAUAGUUGGGGAACUUACAAAGGCUACCGACAAGCUUGUACAACAUCUUUCAGGUAGCAGUACCAAUGUCUUUGGUGAUAGAAUAAGAGUUGAGCGUGUUGGAAAGUCAAAAACUAUGGCUGCCGAAUCUUAUUCUCAUGUGGCCCAGUUUUAUGCGGACAAAUUGAAAGCCCAUCAGAGCAGCAACAAUGCUCGAGAGCAGGAGCUUUUAGAGAAAGUUUUGAAACUUACUGAGCCGGUUACAAUUUGUCUAUCUGCUAUGAUUACUCACAUGACCGAAUACGGAUUGGAACAUGUGUUUGAUCUCACAAAGUACUUUCAAUCAUUCAGUGCUCGAUCUCAUAUGUUAUUAAAUGGAAACACCCUCACAAGUCUCGAGAUUUAUACCAACCAAACAGACUAUACUGAGAAAGGAAGUCUUUUUUGGACUCUGGAUAAAACUCAAACAAAAUUUGGUCAAAGACUACUUCGAAAAUGGGUUGGUCGACCUCUUCUUGAUAAGCAGCGCUUGGAAGAGAGAGUCGCUGCAGUGGAAGAACUGAAAGAUAACGCAAAUACCCCAAAAGUAGACAAAAUAAAUGCCACCCUUCGGGAAGUUAGAUCGGAUUUAGAGCGGAGUUUACUUCGCAUAUACUAUGGCAAAUGUACACGACCGGAGCUCCUCACAGUUCUGCAGACAAUGCAAAGAAUUGCUAAUGAGUUUGCACAUGUCAAAACACCCUCGGAUGCAGGCUUCGACUCGAGCAUCCUCAAUGAAGCGGUUGCAUCUCUUCCCGCGAUUGGCGAAAUAGUAAUAUCCUUCCUCGACAGGAUCAACGCCCAAGCCGCCCGAAAUGAUGACAAAUAUGCAUUCUUUUUAGAGCAUUAUGAAACUGAAGCAAUUGGUGAUCAUAAAUGCGGCAUCGGAGCCGUCGAACAAGAUCUUGAGGCGCACCGCAUGGUUGCUGCUACCAAACUAUCCAAGAAGACACCUGUCAUAUAUGUCACCAUCGCUGGUAUCGAAUACCUCAUCGAAGUCCCCAAUACCGAUCUCAAAAAUGUUCCCGCUUCCUGGGCCAAGAUCUCAGGCACAAAAAAGAUGUCUCGCUUUCACACCCCUGAGGUCAUCAAAUUCCUUCGUGAACGUGAUCAACACAAAGAAUAUCUCUCCUCCGCUUGUGACGCCGCAUUUUCCACUUUCCUCACCGAAAUCUCCACCCACUACGCCCUAAUCCGCGAUACCAUCUCUCACCUCGCAACCCUCGACUGUCUUCUAUCCCUGGCAAGCGUGGCUUCCCUCCCAGGAUACUGCAAACCUACCUUUACAUCCUCGACCGAAAUCUCCGUCAUCGGCGGCCGCCACCCCAUGGUCGAACAACUCCUCCCCUCAACCUACAUCCCCAACGACACAUCUCUCUCCACCUCUCCCAAUCAUACACGCGCCCUUUUAUUAACCGGCCCUAACAUGGGUGGGAAAUCUUCUUACGUGCGUCAAGUAGCACUAAUAUCUAUCCUCGCGCAAAUCGGCUCUUACGUACCUGCUGAAUCCGCCAGACUGGGUCUUCUAGAUGGUGUCUACACACGAAUGGGAGCUUAUGACUCAUUAUUCACUGCACAAUCUACAUUUAUGGUUGAGCUUUCUGAAACAGCAUCGAUAUUGAAAUCGGCAGGUCCUAGAUCUCUCGUUAUCUUAGAUGAAUUGGGACGAGGAACUAGUACACAUGAUGGAGUCGCAAUCGCAGAAGCAGUUUUAGAUUGGGUUGUUAGGGAGACUAACUGUUUGUGCUUAUUUAUUACGCAUUAUCAGACUUUAGCAAGUGUUGCAAGAGGAUUUGAAAAGGGAAAAGACCUGAGGAAUGUGCAUAUGAAAUUCACCGCUGAGAGAAAUGGAAGGCGAGUUUCUAAUGCUGAUGCUGAUGCCGAUAAGGAUAACGAUGAUGUUGACGAGGAGAUUACGUUUUUAUACGAGGUCGGUGAAGGGGUUGCACAUAGAUCCUAUGGCUUGAAUGUGGCUCGGUUAGCGCGUGUCCCGAAAUCUGUACUUGACACUGCCGCAUCUAAAUCACGAGAGCUGGAGGCACAAGUAAAACAGAAAAAAUUAUUGGGACUGUCUAAUAUGAUUUCGGAAGUACUAGAGAAUGGUACUGAUCAGCUAGAUCAGCUUAUAAUCGGUAUGGAGCAGUUGUAA